GGGUUGCAAAGCGUCGAUUGGCCGCUUGGAGCGCAGUGGCGGCGGAGUGCGGAUGAGCCGGCGGAGUGCGCUUUGCUGGCAGCAAACGAAGCGGAUCGGGACCGAGUGCAGGCAUCAUGAAUUACUUCCGAUAUAUCAAUGCAGUCAGUGCAGCUCGGAAAGCAUCACCGAUUAGAGAGCUGACUGCCCUGUUACAGAGGAGCCCACCAACCAUGAUCUCUUUGGCAACUGGAAUGCCGAACCCCAAUAUGUUCCCCUUUGAGACGGCCGACUUCACUAUCAAGGGUGGUCUGAAAAUAAGCUUCAGUCGGGAUACAAUGAAUAGGGCGCUGCAGUACUCUGCUUCAAACGGAAUUCCAGAAUUAAUCUCGUGGUUGAAGGACCUGCAGAAACGUAUCCAUAAUCCUCCAAGCGUCAGCUACAGUCCUGAGCAAGGGCAGAUGGAUCUGUGUGUCACCAACGGCAGCCAGGAGGGACUCAGUAAGUUAUUUGAGAUGCUCAUCAGUCCCGGCGACACGGUUCUUCUAGACACUCCGACCUAUCCUGGGACAUUAUUCGCGCUCCAGCCACUAGGUUGCAAGAUCCUGAGCAUUGCGAGUGAUCAACACGGACUUAUUCCACAAUCCCUGUCAGACAUCCUUUCAAAGUGGAAGCCGGAGGAUGCGAAGAAUCCAGCCUCUGGUAUUCCAAGGGUUCUGUAUACAAUUCCAAAUGGCGGGAACCCAACUGGAGCCUCCAUGCCAGCUGACCGGAAGAGGGAGGUGUAUCAGAUUGCCAGAAAAUACGACUUGCUGAUAAUUGAAGAUGAUCCUUAUUACUUUCUGCAGUUUGAAAAGCCUUGGAUUCCAUCGUUUCUUUCUUUGGAUGUUGAUGGUCGGGUAAUCAGGACAGAUUCCUUCUCCAAGAUCUUGUCUUCAGGGUUGAGAAUAGGAUUCAUAACUGGUCCCAAACCGCUCAUUGAUCGAGUCAUUUUACACAUUCAAGUUUCCACGAUGCACGUCAGCACCUUCACUCAGCUCAUGGUUGCGCAGCUACUUCAACAGUGGGGACAGGAUGGCUUCCUGAAGCAUGUUGACAGUGUGGUGCAGUUUUAUAUCAGGCAGCGAGAUGCCAUGCAGUCCUCCGCUGAGAGGUGGCUGAAAGAUGAAGUUGAUUGGCAUGUCCCCAAUGCAGGCAUGUUCUUCUGGAUGAAGCUAAAGAGAAUCCCAGACACUUAUCAGCUAAUCUCGGAGAAGGCAGUGCAAAAAGGGGUGCUGUUCGUUCCAGGUCGAGCGUUCAUGCUUGACAGCUCAACGCCUUGUUCAUACAUCCGUGCUUCCUUUUCCAUUUCUACCCAUGAACAAAUAGAUCAAGGUUUACAAAGACUGGCCACACUCAUCAAAGAAGCCGUGUAGAACUGCCGACUGAAAACAAUGCACACGAGAUGCUGCCAGAUCUGCUGAGCAUUUCCAGUCAUGAACUACAUCGCCACAUGCAGCGACGGUGGGGCUACUGCUGCAUUUAGGCCGAGAAGAGGGACUUUCACUGUAUA